AUGGAAGAGGAACCUUCCAAACUGACCCCCAUCUGCGUGGCUUCAACGCGAGAUGAGGAUGAGUCGAAGAUGCCCAGAAAGCCCAACGAGCGAUACUCGGAUUUCAACCACGUCAAAAGUAUAGAAUGGCCUCCUGACGGCACCACGGUCUUGGCCGACAUGGCUGAUCAUCACAUCAGAACGUUUAUACUACCUCCAGAUCUCCUGGAGGAGAAACAAUCACCUCAUCAUCUCACUCCUUAUUCUGUUCUCCCUUCGACAGAGCCCACCUAUGCUACUGCUAUCUAUCCGUUCUAUUCCCUUCAGGAGCCAUCCACCACUCUCUUUCUCUCGUCAGUCCGAGAUCACCCGAUCAGGCUGGCGUCUGCUCUUGUGCCAACCUCAGUGGCGACCUACUCUCUGGUCAACCCGACCACCGAGGCCUUUAUAACCCCUCAUUCCUUGAUCUACCCAUCUGCACUUGGUGGAACCCAUUUCCUCACGGGCUCGGAUAGUCUCAUUUGUCUGUUUGAUGUAUCUCGUCCCGGGAAAGAUGGACCAGUGACAUGGAUGCCAACGAUACCCAGUAAACGUAAGCAGGCAGUGGGUGGAGGCGUCGGAAUGAAAGGGAUUAUUUCGGCGAUGGCCGUCAGUCCGACUGGCGACGGAGUUCUCGCUGCUGGCACCUUUUCAAGGCAGAUUGGACUCUACGAUUCCAAUGGGUCUGGCCAGUCGCUCGGCACCUUUAGCGUUGCAAAAACGGAAGCCAAUCGUCACAUCGGCGGUCGGGGAGUCACCCAGCUGCUCUGGAGUCCUUGCGGUCGAUACCUUUACAUCGCAGAACGAAACAGCGAUGGGGUCCUGGUAUAUGACAUUCGAGCCACCGGCCAACUCCUUGGCUGGCUUGAAGGCCGAAAGGCUCUCACCAAUCAACGGAUGAAGAUCGACAUCGUACCGACCGGUCAGGGCGAAUCUCAUGAAAUCUGGGCUGGAGGAACAGACGGUUAUAUGAGAGUCUGGAGGGACUCUGCACUCACCGCGGGGCCGCAGAAGCCACUGUGGGAAUGGAAGGUUCAUGAUGAUUCCGUCAACAGCACCAUACUGCAUCCUUUGGGUAGCAUCGCUGCCACUGCCGGUGGACAGAGACACCAUUUCGAUGAUACGGUGGCAGAGGAAGGGGGUCCGUUCACAACUGAUAGCACGCUGAAGAUCUGGUCUAUGCCAUUUCUGGAGGGGGAACUGGAUGGGUAG